GCCGUGUUUGGGAUGGUGAGGUUCGUCUUUAACCCCUUCUAUCAAAGGGAAACAGAACGACUAGUUUCACGUUCUCGCCGCGACGGGGAACCAGAUCAGACGGGUUAGUUGGAUUUAUUUUCCUCCAAAAAAGUGCUUUAAAUCGGUACGUGGGCGAGAAUGGGUGGGACAAAGGGAUCAACCCAUCGACAGUUAUUCUGGGGCACCGCAUAGCUCACGAGAGUGUUGGAAAGGAAUCACCGCGCGCUGGACAAUUAGGCUAUCUUGUUUCGCUUAUCCAGAAACAAAUAUGGUGCGUUCUUUUGUUUCUUUUCCCACUGUUUGGACAUCCAGAGAACUGCCUGAGAGUUAUAGGUGACAAACACAUUUUUUUUAUUAUUAUUACGUUGUUUGGAUGAAUAAGUGAUGCGCGCACGAGCCUUGCACGAGCGCAGGUGGAUGUAAGAGGCGUUGUACCACACAAGAAACUGUAUUUCAAUGGAAGACACUUGUGAAUUUUUGUGGAAUUUAUUCUGCCCGUGUUCGUAAAUGUUCCACUGUAAAUAGGCAUGUGUGGAAUACAGCUACUCUUUUGAUGGGGCAAUCGCUUUAAUGGGGGGAUUUUUUCUCUGGAUAGCAGUUAAUCAAUUUACACAUCACUUUCACGCAAAAUCCAGCUGUCGCGUGGAUAUUCACCAUCUUAUCGAUUCUCGUCGUGGAAGUGGAAGAAUGCCCGAAGACCUCUCCGCGGCCAAAGCCCUCUAUAUGGGCAUGGAAGUGGUGAUCGCUGUAUCAUCGGUCAUAGGAAACGUGAUGGUGGUUUGGGCAGUCAAAAUUAACAAAUCUCUGAGAGAUACGACGUUUUGUUUCAUUGUUUCUCUGGCGCUCGCGGACAUCGCAGUAGGAGCGCUGGUCAUACCACUGGCGAUAACUAUUAGUAUCGGACUUCAGACUCACUUCUACAGCUGCCUGCUGGUGGCUUGCACUGUGCUGGUUUUGACCCAAAGUUCUAUCCUCGCCUUGCUCGCUAUAGCCAUUGACCGAUACCUUAGGGUUAAGAUCCCAACCAGUUAUAAGCGUGUGGUCACUUCAAGACGAGCUGGAAUAGCAGUAUUUGUGUGCUGGACGGUGGCCUUCAUAGUUGGCUUGACUCCCAUGCUGGGCUGGAAUAAUUUAAAUAACCUGCAACAUAAAAACAGCUCACUCGACCUUAUCACCUGUCAGUUCGAGAAUGUCAUCAGCAUGGAGUAUAUGGUCUACUUCAACUUCUUUGGUUGGGUGCUGCCCCCUCUGCUUCUCAUGGUCAUCAUUUACUCUGAAAUCUUCUACAUGAUCCACAAGCAGUUGAAUAAGAAGGUGACAAGCCAUGCCGAACCCAACAAGUAUUACAACAAAGAACUGAAGCUGGCAAAGUCUCUGGCACUAGUCCUAUUCCUAUUUGCUGUAAGCUGGCUUCCUCUUCACAUCCUAAACUGCAUUACACUCUUCUGUCCAGGGUGCGAGAAGCCCAUGUUCCUCAUUUACAUUGCCAUUCUACUCACGCAUGGAAACUCCGCCGUCAACCCCAUCGUUUAUGCUUUCCGCAUCAAGAAGUUUCGUACCACGUUCCAGACGAUCUGGAAGCAGUACUUCUGCUGCAAGGAAGCUCCUCCCCCUGAGAGUCAUCCAAGCGAAAGGUUGGAUAACAACCACUACAUUGCAGCUGCUGCUCCUCCAGAAGCUCCUUUCGAACAGAAUGUUUGACUGACAUUUCAGCACUCUCUGAGGAGGUCAAAUGGAUUCUAUUGGCUGGAUGUCCAAUGCUGUCAAGUCUUGGUUUUUCUCCAUUGAAUGUAAAUCAGAGCAACAUCACAGAAUGUUGUAGUUGAAAAGUGUCCAUUUAUUGGAAUUAUGAGACAGCAUUGCUUCAAAAACACAGGAAUACAAGAGACCAAAUAAGUUAGUCAAAUCAUAUUAAGAUAUGAUACAUAUUAAGUGCAGGAAAUCUCGCUUAAUGAAGCAGCCAUGAAGAACAUUUCAGAUGUUUACUAGGAGACUCUUUGACUUUUUUGGUUUUAAGCUUUGAGGCAAUACAGAAUAUUGCCUAAGUGGACAAUAAGUAUACAAAUUAUAAAAAUAUUGUGAAAUAUUAAAGAUCCACAAUCCAAAAUUGCAAACAAAUGUGCAGUAUUGCAUCUAAUAGAAAACAUUAUUAUUAUGGUUAAAAUGGAAACGUUCCAUCACCAGUAACUGUUUCUUUUUUUUAAUGUAUGCAGUACAGACAUCAAAGUGCAGUACAC